CGGUCGCGGGCAGCGCUGAACGACGCGGCCAUACUGGAUUUUUGAAUUUCGAAUUUCGAAUUCGAUGGUGUGCCGGUAGUGUUGUGAUUUUGAAUUUGGAAUUAUGGUGUGCAAAACAGCGCCGAUUGGGAGUCCGACGCACAGAGUGAGCGAGCAGGACGGGCAACAAGAAGUGGCUGACUAUGAAACUGCGCUGGAUUCUGCUGGGUACGGGCGCUUCAGCCGCGCAGCGCUCGGCGCUUGCGCGUGCGCGUUCUUCACGACGGGCGUCCAGAACUGCGUCAUGUCGUACGUGCUGCCAGCGGCCAAGUGCGAGCUGCAGCUAACUACCUACCUGGCGGGACUAGUCAAUAUGGCAUUCAUGUGCGGUGGCGUAGCCAGCGCGUUCUUCUGGGGCAUCGUGGGCGACGUGUUCGGCCGACGGAACACGCUUACAAUGACGCUGCUGCUGGAUGGCGUGCUGACGCUGGCCCAGAGCACUGUGGCGGAUUACCGGUGGUUGCUGGUGGCUAGAUCGGUUAAUGGUUUCUUAAUAGGUGGUCCAUCAACGCUAACGUUUACAUACAUGUCCGACCUGGUUGGGGAGAGGAGACGGCAGUUUUAUCUGACCAUAGUGGGCAUGAGUUUCGUCGGAGCUUGGCUGAUAUUACCAGCUAUAGCGUGGCUCAUCAUCCCAUUCAAGAUCGGCUACACCACCCUCCUGCCCAUCUACUCCUGGCGCCUCCUGCUGGUGGUCUGCAGCCUCCCAGGCUUCAUCGCCGGCAUCUGGACCUGGACUCUUCCUGAGAGCCCUAGGUUACUGUCUGAUACAAACAGAAGCGAUGAAGCUCUGAAGAUUCUGGCAAGGAUUCAUAAGAAGAACAGGGGGACAACGGAGUUUAAGGUGAAGAAGUUGAUCCAAGAUAACAUUUUCGUCGGCAAGUCGCUGGGUGAGGAAGAAAGCAGAACGAAGGCGCUCUUCAUCGGAGUCCUCAAGGACCUGAAGAUCUUCGUCUCCAAGAGCUACGCUGUCAAAUCCAGCCUUAUCCUCUUCGCGUUCUUCGCUAAUAUGGCUGCCGGUUUCGGCUUGAACCUCUGGAUCCCAGCACUACUCCUCCGUAUGCAAGGCCAAGAAUGUAAGGCGGUACCUCAGACCGCCAAGCUCUUCAGUUCAGCCAACAGCACUUGGAGUGAGAGGAAUACAAGCGUUGUCGACGUGGUCCAAUGCAGCGGCGAGAUCAGUGAUGACAUAUUCACCUCCGGCCUAAUCGUAGGCGCCUGCUGCGUUCUCGGCAACGCGUUCUGCGCGCUACUCGCCCGCAGCGGCGCGCGCGGCGUGCGCUACUCCGCGGCCGCAUGCGCGCUAGCAUGCGCGCUAGCGUGUGGCGUGCUAGCGGCGUGUGCGUGCGCGUGUGCUAGUAGUAGCAGGAUAGCGGUGGCGGCUGCGGCUGCGCUGAACGCGGCGUCGUUGAAUGGGAAUGUGCUGCUAAUUAGGCUACUGUUGCACGCAUUGCCGCCUAAAUUGAGUGGACUCGGAGUAUGCUGGGGCGCAUGGUGGGGCCGGGCGGGUGGUGUGGCCUCAAACCUGGCCGUUGGGGUCCUAUUAGACUUCUCUUGCCCAGCGCCUUUCAUUUCCGUCGCUGCACUGCUUGCUAUAUCAAUCGUGGCCAUAAUGCUGAUAAAAAUGGACGAACAGAAAGAAGAAAGAACUGAACCAGAAGCUGUUGAAAAGAGCACGGGACUGGACAGAUACAUAUCCACUCACAUGUAAAGGAAAAACGCAUCUAUUAGCUGGGAUUUAAAGUAGAUUUUCAAAGUGCCUUAUUAAGAUUAAGUUAUUUUUUGAGGAAGUUCAUAUUGUU